GAACAGCGAUCCUGAGACACGCCUGAAAAUCUACAACAAUCCUUUUUUUUUGUUAUUAUACAUUUUUUGGUUAUUGGUGAUUGUGGUCCGUGGCAAAAGUUGCCAUCAAACUAUUAUACAAAUUUAAAGACAAUUGAAAAACGGAUUGCUAAUGUUUCCGUACCUGAUCCACAUCCUGAUCCUGCUGGCUGCUGGUUCAACUCAAGCCGCCUACAAACUGCAGGAGCGCUAUAGCUGGAACCAACUGGACUUUGCCUUCCCAAAUGAGAGGCUCAAGGAGCAGGCGAUCGCCAGCGGCGAUUAUAUUCCACAGAACGGACUCCCCGUUGGCGUUGAGCACUUUGGCAAUCGGCUAUUUGUCACAGUUCCCCGCUGGCGAGAUGGCAUUCCGGCAACAUUGACGUACAUCAACAUGGAUCACAGCUUGACGGGCUCACCCGAAUUGAUACCCUAUCCGGAUUGGCGAAGCAAUACGGCUGGGGAUUGUGCGAAUAGCAUAACGACAGCUUAUCGCAUCAAGGUGGAUGAAUGCGGCAGACUUUGGGUACUCGAUACGGGCACUGUGGGCAUUGGCAACACAACCACAAAUCCCUGUCCGUAUGCUGUCAAUGUCUUCGAUCUGACCACAAAUACCCGUAUACGGCGAUAUGAGCUGCGUGCUGAAGAUACAAAUCCGAAUACGUUUGUUGCCAACAUUGCCGUCGAUAUUGGCAAAACUUGUGACGAUGCCUAUGCAUAUUUCUCAGAUGAACUGGGCUAUGGCCUGAUUGCCUACUCCUGGGAGCAGAAUAAAUCCUGGCGUUUCUCCGCCCAUUCCUAUUUCUUUCCAGAUCCCCUAAGGGGCGACUACAACAUUGCCGGUCUGAACUUCCAAUGGGGCGAGGAGGGCAUCUUUGGCAUUGCCCUGUCGCCGAUACGAUCCGAUGGCUAUCGCAUCUUGUACUUCAGUCCCCUGGCCAGCCAUCGCCAGUUUGCCGUCUCCACGCGCAUCCUGCGCGAUGAAGAGCGUACCGAGGACAGCUAUCAUGAGUUCAUUGCGCUGGACGAGCGUGGUCCUAAUGCUCACACCACGGCCCGUGUGAUGAGCGACGAUGGCAUAGAGUUGUUUAAUCUGAUCGAUCAGAAUGCGGUCGGCUGCUGGCACUCAUCGAUGCCAUACACAUCGCAAUUCCAUGGCAUUGUCGAUCGCGACGAUGUCGGUCUCGUGUUUCCCGCCGAUGUCAAGAUCGAUGAGCAAAAGAAUGUGUGGGUGCUGUCCGAUCGUAUGCCCGUCUUUUUGCUCUCCGAUCUCGACUACAGUGAUAUCAAUUUCCGUAUAUAUACAGCACCGUUGGGUGAACUCAUUGAGAAUACGGUUUGUGAUCUGCGGAAUAAUGUGUACGGUCCAUCGAAUACCGUAACGCUGCCCCAACAGCCACAGGCUGCGUUGCCAGCACUACCAGCACCGGCACCACCACCACGAGUCACCUCCAUUUAUCAGCCAUCGUAUCUGCGACCAAAGACCCAGUUAUCCACAAACUGGGCGCCAGCACCACUGGCGCCGGCUAACAGCUAUUUACCAGCGGAGAGGCCAUCGUCCGGGCAGAGCAUAUCGAGCGUGACCGUAUCGCAGGGUCUGUUGCCCAAUGGCCUGGAUGUGCCGAAGGCGUAUGUCUUUAAUCAGCACAAUGGCCUCAACUAUGAGACGAGCGGACCGCACAUGUUUCCCGUUCAUCAACCGGCCGGGCAGCGGGAGGGACUCAAGAAUUAUGUGAAUGCCCGCCAAGCUGGCUGGUGGCAUCAUCAUCAUUAGGACUAGGACAUUUCUCGUCGAGCACUCUGCUUUUCAAAUCUCUCUCUCUCUCUCUUUCUCUCUCUCUCUCUCUCUCUCUCGCUCUCUCUCUCUCUGCAAUACUUUCGCGCACUCACAUGAAUAGAAUAUAUCAAUAUAUAC